CGUGUUUUCAAUUCAAGUUGCAUGCCUUCUAGGUAUAGGAUACGCGGUUGCCAAAUAUUCCCGAGAAGGUCUUAAAAUGGCUGCUCUUAUAGAAGGGCAACAAUAUGGCCUAUCCGCUCAAGAUAAGAUUAAUAGUAAUAAAUCUAUAGUAUUUGUUAAAUUAACGGAUUCUGCAUUACGGUCAAUUGAGGAAUAUGUUAAAAAUAAGGGUGGUGCUGGGAAUAAACCUACUAUUCAAUUCCAAAAUUCUAAUGGGAUCUUGAGCUUACCACAUAAUGGCACCACCCUAACAUAUGGUUUCAGCCUUGCAAAUAUUGAAGCAGAUGGACCUCAAGGUAGCUUCGAAUGUCUUCGACAAAGCGGGCAGAGAUCAUUAGAUUCUUUAGGAUGUAUGCACCUUAAAAUGCACAUUCAUGCUAAUGAAGACAGCUAUGAAAAUACAAGAGUUAAAAUGGCUGCUGUUGAGAAAGAGAAAAACAAAUCAUGCACAAAAGUUAUAAAACCUGCUGGUGCUCACCUUGGGCGUAAAGUGAAAGUAAAGAGACCAGGUCUGAUUGUCAACCCUGUUAAACCACACCAUAGUCCACCUAGUUCAACAAUGCUCAAUAAAAAUCCUAUUAAACUUACAAAUGGCAUGUCAAAUGGCAGCUCAAAUAACAGCAACAAUAGUCCUAGUAUUCCUCCAAAAAAAUUACCAGAAAUGAACCGGUUUCAGAAAGCUCCACAACCUAAAAAAACUUUUACUUCUAGUCCUGAACUCUUACGUCAACCCAUAAGAGAUAGAAUAAUUCAUAUACUAGCAAUUCGACCUUACAAGCGACCAGAACUAAUAGUGAGACUUAUGAGUGAGGGUAUCAGAGAUAAGGAUAGAAAAGGAAUUGGUGCUAUUUUGAGUCAAGUGGGUUUGUUGAAAGGAAAUGUAUAUAAUCUUGCCAAUUAUUGCUGGAAUGAAGUUCAAGAUAAUUGGAAAUUUGUUACCCAAGAUGAAUUGGAUAUUAUUCGAAGGAGAAAGCAACAAGUUUUAAGCAAUGCAGCAAAUGAGUCACCGCCUAUACCAACACCUCCUAGUAGUUCUCCUGCGCAGAAGCGAUUACCAAGCGAAACAUUUUCGGUGGGUCAAGAACCUCGUGCAAAGAAGCAAAGAAUAUCUCAUUACAGCCGCACUGAUAAUUACAGUUCUAGUGCUAAAAGUGAACCUGUGGACUCUAGUGAAAAACUCCAUCUGACUAUAACUAACAUGGGUCGUAAAGACACAUAUUCUCCUAGUACAAAUGGAGUUGAACAAGAUGAAAUUUUCAACCCUAAAUCUCCUAGCAGUAGCUGUGAUGGCUUUUCUUCCAAAAAACAAAGGGUAUCACCCUAUCCCCGUACAGAUAUCAAUCAAAACACAAAGAAAGAACCUAAUGAAAAGAUUCAAUUCAACUCUACUGCAAACAGAACGAGCUCCUAUCCCUUUAUUACCUCUACUAUGAAUAGUAGUAGUCAAAAUAAUGAACUAAGUCCAAAAUCCCCUGAAGAUAGCUGUGAUGGCUACCCAGUAGGAAAUCACCUUGAAGACUCACAGUCAUCCUCUAGUCUGAAUUUAAGAAAUGCCUCCAGGGAGGACGGGGAGAAGAGUAUCCGCAAGCACACGACUGGACUGAUUCACGCAGGAAGUAAAAAUUCUGAAAAGCCUUUCCAUAAAGCACCUGUGAAAAAGUAUGAGAUGGACGAGUCAAAUCAGAAGCACUCUAAAACCUCUGUAAAUAGUGAGAAAGGAAAGUCUUCCCUCAAUCAAACUCUAAGUCAUGUUAGGGACUCCAUUCUGGAACCUGAGGCUCAGGUCUCCCCAGACUCAAACACUCCAUACGAAGGAAAAGAACUAAAGAGUGACUCUUGCUCAAAAAGUCUUGUGAAUGGCUAUGUGAAUAGUAUUAAAUCGAAUGGUUACAGUUCUAGCCAAUCCUCUUAUGUUCACAGAUCAAAAGUAACUUCUACCACCAAUGGUUCUUGUAGUACCUCUCCUCACUCUCCAGAGUCUUGUUCUGAUAGCAAUGACAGCUUGGGUGCAAAUAGUCCUGAUCUUGUUCAUCUAAAUCUACCUCCAACUACACCGGAAUCUGAUCCUGAACUUCCAGACUAUAUGACGAAAUACACCAAAAUUUUGUCUUAUGAUCAACGAACUAGGUAUAAAAAUGAUUUUAAUGCACAAUAUCAGGAAUACUUAUCUUUACAUUCAAAAAUAGAAAAAAUAAAAAUGAAAUUUAUGUCUCUGAAUAAUCAUUUACGAAAUUAUGAAGAAGGUUCAGAAGAAUACAUGAAUAUCAGUUCCAAAAUAUAUGAGCAAUAUAGAGCUUAUCAUGAAGAUGAAAACUAUAAAAAAUCUGAAGAAAAGUUAAAUUAUUUGCAUACCAAGCUCUCACAUAUCAAAAAAUUAGUAAUGGAAUAUGACAAUAGUUAUCAUUGUAAAUCCUAGCAGUUAUUUAAAUUAAUUUAGCUUUGUUUUGACUUUGGAAAGAUUGAAUACUGAAAUAAUUUAUCUCUCUUUUCACAUGUAUGAAAAUUUGAGACCGGUUCCUUUGGCUAUGCUUUACAGUAUUUCCUUAGGGGGAAAAAAACAACUUAUUGUUAAAUUUAUUUAUUGAUUUUUUUUUCUUUUUUUGUUAAGGUUUCCAAUGUAUAUUGUAUUUACAAGCCAGUGGCGAUGAAAAGAAACCUUUCUUUUUAUUGCUUUCAUUUAUUUAAUUUAAGAUUUAAGUUCUGAUAUGCUUUGAAGUGUUCCGUCAGGAAUGCCAACUCUGUUUAUUUAUGGUACUUUUUUUAAUUUUGACCAAAAAUGCCUGUGUUAUCCAUGAAUAUUCACCUCACUGCCAACUCUUCUGGUUUUUCCAGUAGACUACUAGCUUUCUGCCAGAUUCUCAUGGUCCAAUUAAAAUUCUCCUGAUUUUUGUACAUUUUAGAAAAUUUCUUAAAAUGAGCAAGUUACUGA